AUGGUGAAUUAUUAUAAAGUUCUAGGAGUGCCUCGGAAUGCCUCGCCAGCUGACAUUAAGAAGGCUUACCACCAGCUGGCCUUGCAGGUUCACCCUGACAAGAACCCAGAGAAUAGGGAAGCGGCAGAGAAGAAGUUCAAGCAAGUGGCCGAGGCCUACGAGGUCUUGUCCGACGCCAGGAAACGCGAUGACUAUGACACUUCCAGAGGGAGCUAUAUCAGGAGAGAAGAGAAGGGUGACAACAGCCGAGAGACGAGCCAGCUGGAAGAUCUGACGUUCCACAUGCCCCGCAGCGCCUUCCAGGACAUUUUUGACGACGAUGACCUCUUUUCGAGGGAUUUUUUGUCGACGGGCCACAUGAGCUGCCCCGGGAGCCGGCGUAGGCCCCGACCCAGGGGGAGGUAUCACACUUCUCUUUUUGAUGUGGCCCCCGUCCUGGGCACAGGGUUCUCCACCUUUGUCUCCCUGGGUUCAGGAAGAAGCACGGGCUCUACUUGGUCCUUCGUGCCAUUUGUGAGCAGCAGCAUGGGAAACUUCAGACUCGUCACCACCUGCAGUCAGAUAGUAAAUGGCAGAAGAAUCGUUACAAAGAAAAUAUUUGAGAAUGGGAGAGAGAGGAUCGAAGUGGAAGAAGAGAGGAUGAUCCAGUAG